GUUUGACUCUCAGGGUGACCUGGUCUUUUUCACUUGGACCCCAAUCAUGAAGAUCAGCUGCCAAUCGGCCAUGUCGGGAGAGCUGCUCUUGGAUCUGGAACUCGAGCCGAGCAACUCUCUGCUGCUGGUCCGAGAGCAGCUGGUCCAAAAGACUCAUAUCAAAGAGCCCUUCAGUCUGAUCCUCGAGGGCCAGCCCUUGCGUGGCCGCGAGUCCUUAGAAGCCAACGGCCUCAAAGCAGGCAGUGUGGUGGAAGUGAUCCAACAGGGAAUUCCUGGCUGGACGUGCAUCUGUCACGGAGAUGAGGUUGGCCGUGAGACAUCGGGUGACUUUCUCAUUUGGGACGUGCCCUUCAAGGAGGUCGCGGCCUUGAGCGCUCAAGCAACGCGUGUGCGCAUCCAGGAGAGGGGGAAACCUGAAAUGGCGGUGGAGAGUCUUCCAGACAGCUAUCCCAUCCAAGAUCUCCGGCGUGGCGUGCCUAUUGGCUACGGCCGAGCCUUAAUGCGUGAGGAAGUGGAUCAAACUUGGACCUCGCCCGAGGGUGCUAUGCCAGACCUUGUGCCAGACAAGCUGUGGCACACCAGCUCCCACUGGCAUCGCAAGCACCACGACAAGCUGGAGCGAAAGAUCUAUCACUGCUGCGACAAUGGAGGAGGGAUACAUUGGGACCGGAAGAUCUGUGGAUGGACCGUGGGCGGCGGAUCGGAUCUGGAGCUGUACAUUGAUGUCGCCUAAACGCUCCGAACUCGGCUCCGAACUCGGCGUCCCAAGCGAGAAGGAACUGAAGUGCGCCAGAACCGGCGGCCCCCCCCCCUGGCGCGGAGGUCGCCUUAUAGGGCUUGGUCCUGUCUUCAAACCGCACGGAAUCGUGAACAGAUGAUUUGGAGGUUCUGGCUGAUAUAUAAGGUUUUGACCCACUCCAUCUAAAACAAGGUGGUGGGGUCCAGUCAAGCUCGUGGUAAGGAUGUUAA